AUGGCGUCCCAAACAACGCCGAAACGACCGCCCAAACUAAUCCUGGGGUGUUCCAACUUUGGCUCCCCCAGCGACCCGUUCUGCAGAACCACCACCGCGGAAGAAGCAGCCGCUCUUCUCAGCACAUUCGGCUCGUACGGACACGACACAAUUGACACUGCCCGUCGCUACCCGCCCCAGGCGCCGGGGACAAGUGAAGAGCUUCUAGGCGAAGCACUAGACUUGCUGCGGCAUAGACAUGAGGCCGAGACCGAUAUCAUCACCGAGCGAUCUCCAGAGAUACAUGUCGACACCAAAGUCCUCUCUGCGCCAGGGUGUCACAAGCCCGAGAAUAUCCAGGAGAGCAUCUCUGCUUCCCUUUCCGCCCUGCACAUGUCCUCGGUGAACACGAUAUACCUGCACUACCCAGACAAGACUGUGCCGCUGUCUGACCCGGUCUCCGCACUCUCAAGCGCCGUGGCGAAUGGCCAGGCAAAGCAAUGGGGCGUCUCCAACUACACGCUCGACGACGUCUGCGAGAUUCUACGCCUCUGCGAUCAACACGGGUGGAGGCGACCGGCGGUAUACCAGGGCGAACACAACGCCCUCGACCGCGCAAACGAAAAGCUCAUCGAGUUUUGCCACGAGCAAGGGAUCGUGUUCUACGCCUACAGUCCCACUGCCGCUGGAGUUUUUUCGCCCAGCGGGUCACGAAUGGGUGCCGAUACUCCGGCGGGGCAGCGAGUCCGGCUCUAUAUGGAGGCACGGAGAUGCAGAGUGCGGUGCAGGAGAUGGGCGUUUUGGGAUAGCAUGUUGGACGGGGCGCAUGGUGAUGGAGUGAUCAUCGGUGUGAGCAGUCAGAAGCAGUUGAAGGACACCUGCGAGUUUUUAAAGAAAGGUGGAUUGGAGGAUGGGGUCCGAGAAGUGGUUCAACAGGUCUGGGACAGUGUCAAGCAAGAGUAA